AAGUAGUAUAAACACGGUGGGCGAAGAGGACAUGGGAUUUCUUACAAUUUAUACGAAUAAGGCUGUGUAAAUCGUUAUAAUCGCUUUGGAAGAUGAACUCGUUGCCGUUUACCAGAGGUGGGGACCUUCUGCGAGCAAGAGGGCGUGAUCAGCUCCUUCCGUCCUGGGGGCAGAAAGAAGUUGAUCCGUCUGGUUCAUGGCUUGAGGAGAAACAUAUAGACGCACGACUCCGUGAUCGGCAGAUGCUCCUGGAAGAACCCAAAUUCGCAAGACGAGAUGCAAUGGCGUGUGGAGAAUGGUUAGCAGAGUCAAGGAUGGUUCGAAUUGUGCAUGAAGCAGGGGACUUUUGGCAACAUAUGGGAGCCGAGACAGAUAUUGGGAAGUGCCUGUAUCCCGAAGAAUCAAUUUAUUUGAUAGAAACGGGUGAACUAGAAGUGACAUAUGGUGAUAUGCCACUCAGCAUACAACAGGCACAGACUUUAAUGCUCCAAGAUGCUCACCAAAUGGACAUGUAUAUAGUAUAUACUCACCUGACGCGCAAUGGUUGUAAGGUGAUUCGGCAUCAGCCACACCUUUUAUUUACAAGAUAUGAGAAGGUUAUAAGGUUAGAUCAGCACCAAGCAACAAGAAAAACAGCAAAGUUACAGCUCAAAGCCAAAAUGGACAAAGCAGAGACCAAAGAUGUUAAUUGUGAUAGCUCAAAUCAGGAAGGCAUGGAUGAUGCAUUAGCUGAAUUUUAUGCCAGUCUAGAUGGUGCCACUCCUUGUUCUUCAGAAUCUAAAGAUAAUGAUCAGGGAGCAGAAAAAGUAUCACAAAAUGAGAAAGGAACCUCUCAGAAAAAGCGAGAAAGAACUGACUCUUCAGAACUCAGUGAAUAUGAACAUAUUCGAAGGACCUUUUUAGGUCUUUUCCCUAAUGUAGUGGGUAGAAGAAUUAUGAAUGUAUCGGUAGAGUCAUCAGACUUACUUCCUGCUAAUAGCAUACCUCAUAAAGAUUGCUAUGAAAUAUCAUUGGAGGCCUUAAAUUACUAUAGCAAAUAUGAUGAUUCUUCAUAUGAACCUGAUAGAUUCUACCAUAGUAGCAACCGUCAUAAAGACAGAGGAAAAGAUUUCCAUUAUGAAAACAGUAGAGGAGAUGAUUGGAGACAUGGCAGAGGUAACAGCAGGUGGAGCAGAGACAGAAGCACAUCGCAAGGGAGAAGAGAUUGGUCUGGUAACCAAAGGCACAACGGGAAUGGUAAUGAUUGGCACAGGGAUUCCAGGGGCACCCCGGAGCCUUGGAGAGACUCCCCAGAGUACCAUCAAAGCAAGAGGAAUAGAGAUUGGCACCAGCAUGAUGACAGAUGGUCUUAUGACACGUCCCAGUAUAGUAUGUACCAGGAGGAGGAAUGCAUGAACAGAAGCCCUUAUAGGAGUUCUCAAAAAGGUGAUAUUGAUAUGAGCACUAGACCAGCGUGGAAAAUAGGAAAGCGAAGGAAACAAAAGCACCAACGCGACUACUACCCAAGCUGUCUGGUAAAGUUGCAUGUGAAAGUGGAUUCAUGGAAAGAGUACAAAAGGAUUUUGAAGGAAACUUCCGCAGAAAAACUAUUGCUUGAAGGGCCCGGGCGUGCGCUCUGGAGAGGCCACACAGUCCCUCUCAUAAAACCAGGAAUGGCUGCUAGUACACAAUCAGUCCUUGCAGCUUGCAGUUUGGUGCAUGAAACCACCAAUGUCAAUGACAGAGAGUGGAAGAUUCCCAAAGAACUUCAACUGAGUUUCCAUUUUGAUGUCUACCUCCCAAAUGUGCCAUACAGAAAGUCCCAGCCAUCGCAGCCUAGCAAAAGGAUCACCAUCUUAAGAGAUGGCCAAAACCCAACACCAGGACAGAUACUAGACAUAACGACAAGAUUUCACGACGAUGUUCCAGUUGUCUGUGCUGUUGUUGUCUGCGGGGAAGUUCGACUGUACACUUUAUCUCCUGUAAAUAUCCCUCAGCCGAGUGUGUCAGCUUAAGUCCUAUUUUGUGCAAUUUUUUAUUUUUAUUUUAUUUUGCCAUUUUAAUGUGUGAAAACUUGUUUCACAGUGAUAUAUUUCAAAUACAAAGUACAAACUUAUUUUUGCAGACUUUAAAAUAAAUUAAUUGAUAUAUGUA